CAAAGAAGUUAUAACACCGAAGUAGGAAGAGCCUAAUUAAUUUCCAGUCAUAUGUGACGAAAAAUGAAUUCAAAGUUUAUAUUUGGAAAGUUUUAUUAGUACAUAAUUGGAAUACAUUUGUUAAUAAUUUGUUUUUUAAUCUUUUAUAAUUGAAAAGGAAAGCGUGUUACGUCAUAUGAAAAAUGCCUCAUUUAUUCCAGGUUUUUAAAAACCUAUAAAUUAUCCAAAAAAAUAAUUACAUCUAUAUAAUCGAUUAUACUUGUUUGGCCAGUAUUAAAAUAACUUCAAUUUAAACCUAAUUUUCAUAAUAAAGAUGGAGCACGUUUGGAUUUUGCUUGUUGCAACGUAUAUAACGAAGAUUGCAGGAGACACGCAACCAUCAGUUACUUUCUCAGAAUCUUUGAAAACUACUCCAAGCUGCGAAUACAAAAAUCAGCCAACAGGAACACCUAUUCCAACUCCUAAGUGUGCAGGAUUUGAUACUUGCCGAACAUUUACUGGGUGGCUAAAUGGAACUUUUACCCACCCAUUUGAUGACCACUCGUUUGUAACAUGCAUACCAAACGAUAGUCCUGAUGGUGGUACGUUUACAUGUGGAACUUGCUAUCCCCCACUUUUCUAUUCUGAAAAAUGCAGCUCAUGCGAGUGGAAUAACGAUGAUAACUUAAACGAUUGUUCUACAACAAUAAAACCCGGGCUUGUUCCUACAACCGAUUAUAAAACCAAUUUUUGCGAUUCUAAACCAAAAAGUCAAAACUACAAAGAUCCUGUGAAUCCAAGUUAUUACUAUGCAUGCGUUGCCAAAAUCACUUACCACAUGUGGUGCGGAAGUAAUCUAUUAUACUACAAUUCAACCUGUGAUGCAUGUUUAUCAAAACAGUAAAGAAAUAAACUUUUAAAUACUAA